CCGUGUACACGACGUUUACAAAAUAUCGAUUACUCACCAAACUGUCACUCGGGCUGUCACUUUUCUUCUUUUCGCAGUGAGGAGGGUCAUAUGAUACACGGGGGAUCAAGUGACUGACUGAUUGUGUGUAAAUUUGCUGAAAAAUCGACCAGAAGACGGCCACACGAUGCGCUACACUCUCGGGUACACCCUCGUCGGAACGCUGACCUCGGUUUCGACGGUCCUGAUCCUGUACCAUGUCCUCACGGGCAAGGGCGAGCGCGUCAGCGUCGGCUGGUUCCUGGAGGAGACGUCCCCGUACAUGUGGGCCACCCUCGGCAUCGCGUUCGCCGUUGCGCUGUCCGUCGUCGGAGCGGCCAUGGGAAUUCACACGACCGGAGUCAGCAUCGUCGGUGGAGGUGUCAAGGCCCCGCGCAUCAAGACCAAGAACUUGAUCUCCGUCAUCUUCUGCGAAGCCGUCGCCAUCUACGGUCUCAUCACGGCCAUCGUCCUGUCCGGAAUGCUGGAGAACUUCUCCUGGUCCACGAUCGUCGCUAACGAGAACAUCCGGAACAACAACUGGUUCUCCGGUUAUGUAAUGUUCGGCGCUGGCCUGGCCGUCGGUCUGGUCAACCUGUUCUGCGGUAUCGCCGUCGGCAUUGUCGGUUCCGGUGCGGCCCUGGCCGAUGCCGCCAACUCGGCACUGUUUGUCAAAAUUCUGAUCGUCGAGAUCUUCGGCUCGGCCAUCGGUCUGUUCGGACUCAUCGUGGGCAUCUACAUGACCUCGAAGGUCAAGAUGGGCGACAAGGAGUAAAUCCCCCCUUCACAAGUACCAAAAUAACCGUAGAGAGAGAGGAUCCAGAACAAAUGUGGCAGAGUAUUAAAAUUACCGAAACAGAAAUGAGACAAAAGUGACUCGUGAAGGGCGGCAUCAGCAAGAAGAGUUAUCUUAAAAAAGUAGUGUUACUCUCAAAGGCCAUUCCAGAAGUACGAUCUAUCUACACUCACAACACACAACCCAAACAACAAACAUCCGGAACCAUCUUCAAAAUACUUAGAAGUUGCUAAAGUUUCGAGCAACGUCAACUUAAUAUAUAUUCUGUCUUUAUUCAAACUCCAACGAGGAUAUUUUUUUGCUGAAAAAGAAGUAAACAAACCCCCCAUCUGUAUGUGUAAAUUGGUAAAUAUUGUUUAUUAUUGUUUUUACUUUCAUAUUUUUGCGUUAGUUUAAUGCACAAACGUGUGUUUAAAUUAAAGAUGGUUUAAAUAUUGUAUAAGCUUAAAGAAACAAAAAAACACUUAAACGUUAGUGGAAAUCCCGCGCAUUCAGAUGUAACCGAACGCGAAAUCAUGAAAUAAAUGUUCAAUGAACGUCACACAACAA